AUGGAUCCCCAGCUUAUUCAGAGGUUGAAUGUUGCUGCUCAAGAUGGAAGUAUCGAGGAGUUGUACGCAGUGAUUGGGGAAGAUCCGGAUGUAUUGGAGGAAAUUGAUAAGAAACAGUUUGUUCAAACUCCUCUUCACAUAGCUGCAUCUGCUGGGCGUGCCCAUUUCGCCAUUGAAAUUAUGAGCUUAAGGCCAUCGUUUGGUCGGAAGCUAAAUCCAAGUGGGCAAAGCCCUCUGCACCUGGCUGUCCCCUUAGGCCUGGCUGGGCCACUCACACAAGCGCAAGAUGAGACUGAGAAACGGCAAACUGAAACUGCUAUACGGCUCAUCAAUAUCGACAAUGAGCUCAUCCGUGUCCAAGGGAAGGAGAGAGUGACUCCAUUGCAUUAUGCAGCUGUAAGAAAUAAAUUCCAUCUCGUGGCUGAAUUUCUGUGCGCUUGUCCACUGUCCAUCGAGGAUUUGACAAUCCGAGCUGAAACUGCUUUACAUGUUGCAGCCAGAAACGACAGUCUUGAAACUGUUAAACUCAUCUCCGGAUGCCAUGGCCAGAGUUGCGGUGAUCGAAUUAUAGAUUGGAUGCUGAAUUCUCCCCUCCCAUGGGUUAGGGGAUUAACCCACAAUGGGGUUGUGAAGUUGUUGAUCAGGCGCAACUCAGUGUAUAUGAAUGAUAAGAAUUUAGAGGGUAAGACGGCGCUUGAUUUAGGCGAUGGACACCAAGAGGUGAAAGCUAUUUUAGUGAGAGCAGGAGCUUCAAGCGGUGCUAGUAAUUCGAGAAGGACCAGUGGUAGUCUUGCAGACUAUAUGAGUCGGGGGAGAGUGGCUCGUAUUCUACCAAGCAAUUUGUCGGGGGAGAUGGGCAAUGUCAUACUAGUGCUGGGAUUAAACAAUCAUUCCGGUAUGGAAACAAAAAUUAUGGUAUGGAACUCAAUGGCAUUUUUCACCUCAAUUGCAGUGAUUAGUUUUACCCUCCCGACAAUUACAGAUAAAAAUCAAUUUUCCCUGGGGACUACUCUUGUCAAUGUCACUAAUCUGCUGCAACUUUGUCUACAUGUAUUGACAAGCACAUACCUUGUUUUGGUGGUUUCACUUGGCGACUCUCUUGCCACUUCGGCGUGUCUUGCUAUGUUAAUGUUUUUUUUGGUCCCUGUCAAUCUUAACUUUGCCGUUCACACUGUGGAAUUGAAGAAAUUCUCAGCCAUACCAGUUAGCAGGGGUAACCCUUCUCGAUUCUUCGAGAUGCGUCGCCAAAUGGUUGGCCUGUAA